GCGGGUGCCGACGCGGGGCGCUGGGCCGCCUGCCUGCUAGCCGGAGCCGGAGCGGAACGCGGCCUUCAGCUGCACACUCCCAGAGCGGACGCCGCGGACGCCGCAGGCCCGACUCCCGCUCCCGCCGACUGCGGCGCGCCGACCGGGAAGCCCGCGCGCCCAAGGGCUGGGACUUCGCCCUCCGCCCGCGGCUCGGGCGCUCUGGGCCGGCGCGGGGAGGCCGCGGGCGCCGCGCGUCUCGACGCGCUACGUCGCCGCCGCCGCCGCUUCCGCGUCGUUGACUUCCGGCCGUGCUGCCGCCAUUUUGCUCGCGCGGAAGCGCCGCAGCUGGGUGGGAGCCCCGGAGAGGGAGAGUCGCGGACGGUGUCGCCGCCGCCAUGCCGUCGUCGCCGCUGCGGGUGGCGGUGGUGUGCUCGAGCAACCAGAACCGAAGCAUGGAGGCGCACAACAUCCUCAGCAAACGAGGAUUCAGCGUCCGGUCCUUUGGAACAGGGACGCACGUGAAGCUGCCCGGGCCGGCGCCGGACAGGCCCAACGUUUACGAUUUCAAAACCACUUACGAUCAGAUGUACAGUGACCUUCUUAGGAAGGACAAAGAACUCUACACACAGAACGGCAUUUUACACAUGCUGGACAGAAACAAGAGGAUCAAGCCCCGGCCAGAAAGGUUCCAGAACUGCAAAGACCUGUUUGAUCUGAUCCUCACCUGUGAAGAGAGAGUCUACGAUCAGGUGGUGGAAGACCUGAAUUCCAGGGAGCAGGAGACCUGCCAGCCUGUGCACGUCAUCAACGUGGACAUCCAGGACAACCACGAGGAGGCCACACUGGGGGCCUUCCUCAUCUGCGAGCUGUGCCAAUCCAGCACACAGAGGACAUGGAAAACGAGAUCGACGAGCUGCUGCAGGAGUUCGAGGAGAAGAGUGGCCGAGCCUUCCUGCACACCGUCUGCUUCUACUGAUGCCCCCAUGGCGCCCCUGACUCGCGUUUGCUGCAGGUCUGCUGCUGGAGGACAGUGGCACCCGGAUCAGUUGUACAUAUGAAAUGAGAAGACUGACGGAAAUGCCGUACUGAAGCAAUCAAGUUUUUUCUAUCCCACUUUUAUUGUGAGUGGGAUAUUGAUUAUAAAGAUUUUUUUCUUUAACCAAAAGAAGAAAAAAAAAAACGGUUUAUAGUACGCCCCACCCCACCCCACCCCAAUAUAUGCUUGGCCUUGGUUGUAUGUUUUGUUUUGUUUUGUUUUUCCUUUUUCUUUCCCCAAACCGGCUGGACUGUACAAGCCCCUGAGAGAAGCCCCCGUUAGCAGAGAGGGGCCUGCAGGUGCUCAAUAAACGCACUGCUGGUC